AUGGAGACUGCACUUUCUUCGUACAUGAACAAGAUAUCGAAGAUAGACCUUUCAUCAGUCGGGUUCUGCGUCGUGGCAUUGCUUACCAUUUACAUUACGCAUUGGAUUUAUAGAUGGAGGAAUCCCAAAUGUAAUGGGGUUCUCCCUCCGGGUUCCAUGGGCCUCCCCUUCAUAGGGGAGACCAUUCAGUUGAUCAUUCCUAGUGCCUCUUUGGACCUUCCACCUUUUAUCAAGAAGAGAAUCAAAAAGUAUGGGCCAAUCUUCCGAACAAAUGUGGCCGGCCGACCGGUCAUAAUUACGGCGGACCCUGAGUUUAACUACUACAUCCUUAGACAAGAUGGGAAGUUGGUUGAUACAUGGUCGCUGGACACAUUUGCAGAAGUAUUUGACCAAACGAGUCAGUCUUCCCGAAAAUAUACCAGAAACUUGACCUUGAACCACUUUGGCGUGGAGGCUCUCAAGGAGAAGCUACUUCCACGGAUGGAAGUUUUCAUUCGUGAAACUCUUCGCAGCUGGUCAAGUCAGGAAUCUGUUGAAGUGAAAAGCGGGGCUGUGGAAAUUACUAUUGAUUUCGCGGCAAAACAGUUGUUUAGUGGUGAUCUUGAAAAUGCACCAUUGAGGAUGAGUGAUAUGUUCAGAGACUUAGUAGAAGGUCUAAUGUCCUUUCCAUUGAACAUCCCUGGUACUGCACAUCAUAAAUGUUUGCAGAUUCACAAGAAGGUCAGACAAACGAUGAAGGACGUGGUGAACAAGAGGCGAAUGUCAGCUGAGAAUCGAAGGGAUGACUUGCUUGAUCACCUCAUGCAAGACAUGAAUACGGAAACAUUCUUAACAGAGGAUUUUAUUGUUCAGCUAAUGUUUGGUCUUCUAUUUGUAACCUCUGAUUCCAUAUCAACAACAAUGGCAUUAGCUUUCAAGUUACUCGUGGAGCAUCCUUCAGUGUUGGAGGCAUUAAUUGCUGAGCAUGAGGCAAUCCUUGAAAAGAGAGAGAAUGCUGAUUCUAUACUCACAUGGAAUGAAUACAAAUCAAUGACUUUUACGAUCCAGGUUAUCAAUGAAGUUCUUAGGUUGGGAAAUAUAGCACCAGGGUUGUUUCGACGGGCAUUAAAAGAUAUUCCCACCAAUGGAUACACAAUUCCAAAAGGUUGGGUAAUUAUGAUUGCCACUGCUGCUCAACACUUGAACUCUAAUACAUAUGAGGAUGCACUUACAUUCAAUCCAUGGCGUUGGAAGGACCUCCAAUCAAACGUUAUAGCUAAGAAUUUCAUGCCAUUCGGAGUGGGGAUGAAGCAAUGUGCUGGCGCAGAAUAUAGCAGGGUGUUCUUAGCCACCUUUCUACAUGUCUUGGUCACAAAAUACAAAUGGGCAAUGGUCAAGGGAGGCAAAAUUGUCCGAACUCCCAUCAUAAGAUUUCCAGAUGGAUUUUACUUCAAUAUCUCGGAAAAAGCAUAA